AUGCGCUGGAAGAAGAUUGGGUGGAUGGCGUUACUACGAACGUCUGACGCACGUGCAAGUGAUUUGGAGACGAACUUGCAACUUUUACAAACGUUUACAAAAGAAGACCUUCUCCAAGACAACAACAUCGACAGUAUGCUUGCUUGCAUCGCGGCCCACGUGUUGUGCGGACACGUCCGCGAAUACCGCCCGCUCUUGGCCAAGCUGUCGGCCCAACGCUUUCAAAAGCUUAACGAAGUGUUCGAUGGUAGAAGACUCGAGACACUGGAUCAAGCUAUGGACGUCUUGCACCCAGCUCCGUGGUUCCGCUUUCAAACGCAGACGAAUUCUGUCCGUGAUCCACACGCUUUGCAAGAGCUUGAAGACUUCGACCAUACCAACAAGUGA